AACAAAAUGCUGUUUGAUUCGUUUAGGAUUCAGUGUGAACACUGACACCGAAAUAAAUACUUCCUUUAAAAGAUGGUCAUUUUGGUGGAGGAACUAUGCAUUUUGUCAGAUUUGGAGAUGGAGCCAGAUUUGUCAGAUCUUAAAAUUGGCUUCAUUGGAGCCGGGAACAUGGCCUUUGGAAUAGCUCAGGGGCUUCUGAUGUCAGGUAAAGUGCAGCCCGCAAAUGUGAUGGUGAGUGCACCCUCGGACAACAACCUGGGCAGAUUCCAGGAAAGAGGAAUGGUGGUGUCUCACUGUAACGCAGAUGUAGUACACAGCUCUCGGCUGGUCUUUUUGGCAGUGAAGCCACACCUCAUUCCCAUCGUGCUACAGGAGAUCUCCCCUGCUGUCACUCUGCGGCACACCGUUGUCUCUGUGGCGGCAGGUGUUACCAUAGCGACCCUGGAGCAGCUGCUUCCAUCUAGCACCACAGUUCUGCGCCUGAUGCCUAACCUACCCUGCGUGGUUCAGGAGGGGGCGCUGCUGUUCUCACGGGGUUCGAUGGCUGGGGGGGAGGAGAGUGAGCUCCUAAAGGCCCUGCUGGCCCCCUGCGGCCUGGUGGAGGAGGGACCAGAAAGCUGGAUCGAUGCCCACACAGGACUCAGCGGCAGCGGUGUGGCCUUUGUCUAUCUGUUUGCUGAGGCCCUGGCGGAAGGUGGAGUCAAAAUGGGCAUGCCCAGUGCUCUGGCUAAUCGGAUAGCAGCACAGACUGUGCUGGGUGCAGGGAGGUUGCUGCGGGACUCUGGGAAACACCCUGCUCAGCUGCGCUCCGAAGUUUGUACACCCGGGGGCACCACUAUCUUUGGGCUUCAUGUGCUGGAACAGGGGGGCAUGCGGGCAGCAGCCAUGGGUGCUGUGGAAGCUGCGACUGAGAGAGCCCGCGAGCUGGGGCGGAAGUAGAGCUGAACAUCUGUGGACCCAACAUGACUAGGCUAACAGGAGACUGACACAACUGGUCAACCUUUGCUGGCUGGCUGUAGCAGCACAGGAAGAGAGGUAGAUCAUACCAAAGCAGUCUGUCCAGAGGCUGACAGGGUCACUGCCAGCUCUUCUAAUGCUCGGAGAGGUCAAACCCAAUGCCAACUUCAUAAUGUUUUCACAUUUUGCCAUGUUUCAUACUGGAAAGUUAUUUCUUUGAUCUGUGUUUUUCUUCUCAUGUUCUGUGAUUUUGUGCAAUGCGUAUGAAUUAAAUAUUAG